AUGGGCACGAUUUCACAAGAUCAUGCCAAGUUAGACUCAGACACAAUUGCAGAUGCCAUUAGGCCGUUGGUCGAAGCAGACCCCACGAUAAAUGUGAAGUCUGUUAUUGCAGAAGUUCAAGGCAGGUUCAACUAUACUGUGAGUUACCGCAAGGCUUGGUUGGCAAAACAGAAAGCUGUCACAAAAAUUUUCGGUGAUUGGGAAGUUUCUUACCAGACUCUGCCAGUAUGGUUGAAAGUAAUGACAGUGAAGAUGCCAAGGUCACGUGUUCAAAUUAAAACGCUCCCCGUUUACCGUGAGAGUGAGGAGGUUCAAGGUGUAAGAGUUCUGCACCGCGUUUUUUGGUGCUUCUAUCCGUGUAUUGUAGCAUUCAGACACUGCAAGCCAUUGGUGCAGGUUGAUGGCACGCACCUGUAUGAAAAAUAUAAAGGAGCACUUCUGGUAGCGGUUGCACAAGAUGGGAAUCAAAACAUUGUGCCUAUUACAUUUGCGAUUGUUAAGGGGGAGACAGCAGACGCGUGGGAGUUUUUCCUAACCAAUUUGCGGAGAUAUGUUGUUACCAUUGAUGGUGUGGGUAUUAUUUCUGACCACCAUACCUCCAUCGACGCUGCAAUAGCUAUUCUAGAACGGAGCAGGAGUACAACAAAAACUACCAAAGGCUUAAAUAGCGGGAUGAGGCAUAUACUCAAUGGUGCAAUGAGAUCGGUGUUGAGAGAUGGGUGUUGGCACUCGAUGGUGGUCAUCGUUGGGGACAUAUGA